UAACGGGGAUUAUAGUAAUCCACUACCCAAACAGGCCCCAAUAUCAAACUUUAUCUCUUCGACUGGAACAAAAAAACUCUCUCAGUCUCUGUGCUCCUCACAAAACCUGCUAGAACCCCAAGAAUGAAUAGCUUAACAGCGAGCUCGACAGGGCGAGUUCUAACAACGUUGAAUCAGUUCCCAGCAGGACGUCGUUUUCGGGAUCAAUGGAGAAGAGGUUGUCUCGUCCUUCGACCUUCUCAUACACACAGAGCUCGAAGAAUCGUUUGCAUGGCGGAGCCGUAUUUGAUAACGAAGCUGGAAUCUGCAGAGAAGACGUGGAAAGAGCUAUCGGUCAAGCUGGCUGAUCCAGAUGUCGUUUCAAAUCCCAGUGAAUACCAAAAGCUGGCACAAUCUAUGGCUGAGCUUGAUGAGGUUGUAUCAGCCUUUAGGAGAUUCAAGGACUGUGAGAAGCAGUUAGAAGAGACGAAAGCUUUAGCAAAAGAGGAUGGCAGUGAUGAAGAUAUGGCAGAGAUGAUAGCUUAUGAAAUUGACUCUUUAUCCGAUCAACUCAAGGAGGUUGAGGAGAAACUUAAGGUGCUACUGCUACCCAGUGAUCCUCUUGAUGCAAGAAAUAUAAUGAUUGAAGUAAGGGCAGGUACCGGUGGUGAUGAGGCUGGACUAUGGGCUGGUGAUCUUGUCCGUAUGUAUCAGAAGUACAGCGAGCGAAACUCUUUGAAGUACACCCCCUUAUCAAGCUCUGAAGCUGAAAAAGGAGGAUUUAAAACAUAUGUGAUGGAGAUCAAGGGGAAUCGUGUUUACAGCAAAUUAAAAUAUGAGUCUGGUGUUCAUCGGGUUCAACGUGUUCCUCAGACAGAAACACAAGGCCGUGUGCAUACUUCUACUGCUACAGUAGCCAUUAUGCCAGAGGUAGAUGAAGUUGAGGUGGUAAUCGACCCAAAAGAUAUUGAACUAACAACGGCAAGGUCUGGGGGUGCAGGAGGCCAGAAUGUCAACAAGGUGGAGACAGCUGUUGAUCUUGUCCACAAACCAACAGGAAUCCGCAUCUUUUGCACAGAAGAAAGGACUCAACUCCGGAACAAGGAUCGUGCUUUUCAGUUGUUGAGAGCAAAACUGUAUGAGAUAAAAGUAAGAGAGCAACAUGAGAGGCUAAGCAAUCAACGAAAAUUACAGGUUGGCACAGGUGCUCGUUCAGAAAAGAUUCGGACAUACAAUUAUAAGGACAAUCGGGUUACGGAUCACCGGUUGAAGAUGAACUUUGAGCUCACCUCUUUCCUUGAAGGUGAUAUCGACACUGCAGUCCAGGCUUGUGCUGCUAUGGAGCAGAAGGAACUGCUAGAGGAACUCGCGGAGUCCGUCGUCGCUCCAACUGGCUGAUUUCCUAGCAUUUUAUGGCAAUGUGGUUAGAAAAUUCAAGUUAUUGGACAAGAUAUACGAAGGAAACAAUAUCUGCCACAAGAAGCUGAUGUCUUCAUGUAGAACAUUCUCAUUUAGUUGGCUGAUAUGGUCUGAAUAUGAGUUAUCUUUUAAAUGUAUGUACAGAUGAAAUGAGAAGGUAAAUGGUUUUUCGGAUGCCUCGUACCAUUUAAAUUGUAAAAUUGGUAUUCCAUUGUAUAAAGGAAACAAAAAUUAGUUACAAACCAGUACGGUAAA